CACCCACACACACACACCCUGGCUCUGCCUAGAACCCGAGAGAAUUCAUUAGCCCUGGGCACUUUAUCUUGGAGCCACAGCUGUUGACAGAGUCCAGGCCCUGUACUCCGCUGCCCUGAGCCUGCAGUGCCAUGGGGAACUGUCUGUACCCGGUGGAAACCCUUUCACUAGACAACAGUGGAACUCAAUUUACGUUGGAAAGCUUGAAUUAUUUGUAUGAAGAAAACACCUCCUAUGAAUUCAUGACUGACUACAACUACAGCCUGACACCAGCUGCUCCCUGCUACUCCUGUAACCUGCUUGACAGUUCUUCACUGCCCUUCUUCAUUCUCACCAGUGUCCUGGGCAUGCUGGCAAGUGGUGGCGUCCUCUUCACGAUUCUCAGACCUUUCUCCACCUGGCAGAUUUGCCCCAGCUGGCCCAUUCUGACACAGUUGGUAGUGGGCAGUGCCCUGUUCAGCAUUGCAGUGCCCAUCCUGGCGCCAGGCUUAUACAGUGCCCAUAGCACAGCCUUGUGCAACCUGGGCUACUGGGUCUGGUAUACUUCUGCUUUUGCCCAGGCUCUGUUGAUAGGAUGCUAUGCCUGCCUGAACCCCAAAAAGAAUAUCGGUCAAGUCCCUGGCCUCACCUUGGCACUCAGUGUGGGACUUUGGGGAGCAGCUGCUCUCUUAGGGCUGCCAGUUGCUCUGGCCAGUGAUGUUUACAAUGGCUUCUGCACCUUCCCAUUCUCCAAGGACAUGGAAGCUUUGAAGUACACGCAUUAUGCCAUCUGUUUUACCAUCUUCACCAUAUUGCCACUGACUCUUUCAGCAGCUAAGGGGCUGAAGAUAGCAUGGAGCAAGGGGCCAGGCCCUUGGGUUAGUGUCUUGUGGGUCUGGUUCGUUUUCUGGUGGCCUCAUGGGAUGGUUCUCAUGUUUGAUGCCUUGGUGAGGUCCAAAACCAUUCUUUUGCAUACAUGUCAAUCCCAGAAGGUUCUUGAUGCAAUGCUGAACGUGGCAGAAGCUCUGAGUAUGCUGCACUGUGUGGCUACACCACUGCUCCUGGCCCUGUUCUGCCACCAGACCAGCCGUAGAUGCUUUCCCUUGCUCGCCCCCCCUGCAAGACAGGCUUCUCAAAUGGACGCCCUUGCAGGCAAGUCCUAGUUUGUUUGUUGUUUUGGUUUUUUUUUUUUUUUCACAUGUCAACUUAAAUUAAAGUCUAUACUGCUUUUAUGAA